UUUCAACCUGUGAGACCCCCCCCCCAGGCACCACCACGUCCUCCCUUCGCCUGAUGUUGUCCGCCCCGAGGAGCCGCAACCACCACCGACCGCUCUUCCGACCCGCCGCCCGAGGCUGACGAGCUUUUUCCGUCAUCUUUUUGCCUGUUCGUCGUCGUCGUCCUCUGAGCAGCAGCGGCGGCGCUCGAGAAAGACGGACAACCUCCUCCGGCGCGCAAGUCGGUCAGCGCACCCAUUUCUCGUGCUUGACCUUUUGGUCUCCGCACACCGCAUCGCACCGCUCCCACGGCACGGCACGGCACGGCACAACUCGACAACCUGCCCUUUCACGGCCGGUGAGUGUCAAGACGCCCCUCGCGACGCGCGCGCCCACCACUCGACAGCGGCACCUGGAAUCGGCCUCGUCCUAAUCGCCCGUGAUGAUUCCCUCGGCCCACGUCUACGGGCACCACCCGUUCCAGGGCGCCGACUCGCCCUGGCUGCAUCAGCAGGCGUCGCAUCACCAGGGCGGCCAUCAGGGCGUCGUGUCCGUUGCCCAGCAGCAGCAGCAGCAGCAGCAGCAACAACAACAACAACAGCAGCAGCAGCAGCAGCAGCAACAGCAACAACAGCAGCAACAGCAGCAUUUCAACCGCAUGUCUGGAAAUCACUCUGGCUCGGGGAAUCUUGCUGUUGCUCACGCUCAGGAUGCGGGCCACGAGAACAUAUCUGACGAAAAUCGGCGCACCAUGGGCUACAUUGCCGACCUGCUCAAUGAGAACACUCGCGAGGCAGCGUUGCUAGAGCUGAGCAAGAAGAGGGAGCAGGUUCCCGAACUGGCGCUCAUUCUGUGGCACUCCUUUGGCGUCAUGACUUCGCUCCUGCAGGAGAUCAUCUCUGUCUACACCCUGCUCAACCCUUCGCAGUUGACGGCCGCGGCUUCGAACAGAGUGUGCAAUGCCCUCGCGUUGCUGCAGUGUGUGGCGUCGCACAACGACACUCGUGCACUGUUCCUGAACGCUCAUAUUCCACUCUUCCUGUAUCCGUUCCUGAACACGACCUCGAAAUCGCGCCCGUUUGAAUACCUCCGGCUUACUUCGCUGGGCGUCAUCGGCGCGUUGGUUAAGAAUGACUCCUCAGACGUCAUCAACUUCUUGCUCACCACUGAGAUUAUUCCGUUGUGCCUGCGUAUCAUGGAGACCGGAUCGGAACUUAGCAAGACUGUUGCCAUCUUCAUCGUCCAGAAGAUCCUGUUGGAUGACAACGGGCUCAACUACAUCUGCGCCACGUACGAGCGGUUCUAUGCGGUUGGCACUGUACUGAGCAAUAUGGUUGCCCAGCUCGUGGAGUCGCAGACGGCUAGACUCCUUAAGCAUGUUGUCCGCUGCUUCUUGCGGCUAAGUGAUAACGCGAGGGCCCGUGAGGCCCUGCGCCAGUGCCUUCCUGAACCGCUUCGGGACGCGACAUUUUCUUCGGUCCUGAGGGAUGAUGCCGCCACUAAGAGGUGCCUCGCUCAGCUGCUCAUCAACCUUUCCGACAACGUCGUCGACCCCGGGGCCCAGGGCGUUUCUGCCAUGUGAGCGUCCCGCAACGCUAGGUGCAUCAUGGAGUCGGAAACAGCGCUUCUACCCAGAAAUUGGGAGAGCACAAGCGUGUUGAAUUACGAGCAUAUACGUGACUGAAGCGAUUCGGAGUAAAAGUAUUCGGCAUGGUUGAUACCCGCAUUUUCUGCCACACGGGCCACACGGGUUGCUUCGAGGUUUUGCGAGCCCUUUUGCGGCGGCGCUGUGCAUGACUGGCAUCUCGGCGCAGCGCGUUUCAGGCCAGGCCCUUGUUUCCACUGGCGUGGCUGAGGGAGACAGGGUGUCUGGCAGUGAAGUCGUUUCUCACGGCAGGUCUUCCGGUGCCAGUCUGGCUGCGAGACAAGAGGCUCAUAUGGGAGAUGAGGGCGGCUCAGGGGACGGGGAGUCGUGCUUGGGCGGGAGUCGCGGCUUGGGCUUGCCUCGACGCUCAUGGUUAUUGGCUGUCCAAUCGCAUUUGGUAUGUGAUUCGGGGCCACUGUACGUUAGGGCGAGCAUUAUACCUGCAUGGUAUAACGAAAAAGGUGUUAGGGGCGUUUGGCACGCGGUGGAAGGCUGGGUUUGCGUCACAUGUGUUCUUAGAAGAUGAGGCAUGGCCAUGGCUUGGUAGCAGUUGGCGUUGGUCAGCGAAAUUCGUACAUAGGUGCAGGCAGCAGGGCUUUGAUAGUUGACGUCGCCCGAGUUAGGUUGUGUUGUUUUACGUGGCUGCGCA